GGCUCACUGGGCAGUGCCAGGCUCCCAACAGCACUGCCCCCCAGGGUUCUUGUUGAGCUGGCGCUGCCUGCCCGGGAUGGGGGAGAUUCCGGCGCUAAAGCAGCGCCCUAAGGCAAACCGCGUUAAACACAACUUCCUCCCCUUUCUGCAGAGCCAUCGCGCUCCGGCUCCGCUCUCAGCCAGGCCCGGCCCGGCCUUGGCGGAGCCCAGGGGCAGCAGCGGGGAGUGGCCUGCAGGUGCAGGGCGAGUCCCUCCCCCAGCAAAUCCUGCUGCUGCGGAGACCAGCUCCAGCGUCUCCUCCUCCGGGCCCAGCCUGGGAACCCGGCGCGGCAGCGCAGACAGCUCACGGGUCCCCCGGGGCCGGGCCGCGGGAGCUCCGCCGCGCUCCCGAGGGCUCUGCAGACCAAGCCCGGGCAGGCGGCCGGCCGGUGAAUCAGCUGGAGAUGCUGCCUGCAAAGGAGCCCUGAGUAGGUGCUGCUGCUCAUCUAACAUGGCAAUGUCCCUGGGUGCCAGCCAAGCCCGUCAUGAAACUUUGGGGUUGCCAUCCCAGGAGCAGCCGGAGUGCCAUGCUGUGUCCUGCUGGGAGGACUUUGUUUAUGGAGAAGAGGAUUUUGUUCUGUAUGGGGUUGGGUGGUGGAGAAGCAGGUCAGAGGGGCCAGCAACCCGCACCAUGUCUCGCUUUGACAGAGCUUUGCAGUCCGGUUGGGAGGAGAGGAUGAAGCUUGGUUUGUUCAGGUAUCACCUGGGGGAGCUGCAGACCCGUAUAUUGCCAGGGAAAGUCCAGUUUGUGGCCCAGCUGAACAUCCAGAGAGGUCUGGAGAGAAGGAAACCACAGGACAUCCAGAGUGUCAGGCAGAAAUUCGACCCCCAGCAAUUCCACUUCAAUAAGAUCAAACCAGAGGAAAUCCUCUUCCAUAUGGUCAGGGCCCCAACUCCCCACCCUCCUAGCAGGGGUUGCUCUCAGUUCCAAGGGGGCCCGCUGGAGUCGAAACUCCCAGGGACACCUGACUGCAUCCUAGUGGUGAUUAAUAUCAGCCCCUUGGAGUUUGGACAUGUGCUCUUUAUUCCAGCCCCCGCUCUCUGCCUACCUCAGAUUCUCACCCAGGAGCUGCUCCAGUUCGGGCUGGAGUCGGUUCUUCUCAGUGCCCACCUAGGCUUCCGCGUUGGGUUUAACAGCCUGGGAGCCUUCGCCUCGGUCAACCACUUGCACCUACAUGGGUUUUACCUGGAUUGGGAGCUCCUGAUUGAGACUGCCCCAGGCGAACCCCUGUGCCCUACACUCAACUUCCACUUCCUGCGGGGGGUCCCAGCCCCAGGGUUCCUGUUCUACAGUGAAGGGGAGGGCCUGGGGGCCCUGGCGCACAAUGUCUGCCGAGUCACUGACUACCUGGUGGAUAAAGAGAUUGCACACAACGUGUUUGUGACUCGGGGAACUGCUCCUGGGGAGUCAUCCCACUCAGAGACCCGCUCUGGAAUCCGGGUGCUCAUCUGGCCCAGGAGGUCCUGCUUUGGGUCCAAAGGGGAAGCUGCAUUUAAUGUGGCACUUUGUGAGCUGGCUGGGCACUUGCCCAUCAAAACUGCCGAGGACUUCCAGCCUUACGGAGACAGCAGCCAUUAACAUCAUCCAGAGAUACCUCCUUCCUGAGCCACAGCUGUCACAGCUCCGAGGCCAGCUGGUGACACUUCUCACAGAGUAACUACAUGGGCUCUGCAUUGCACAUGGCGUCGCACUUUCUGGGGACAAGUCUCACUCUUGCGUAUUUUGUAACUGCUGUAGAAUCGUUCAUUGGGGCAGUCGGGGAGCAGGGAGUGACUGGAUUUGCCUCCAGGAUCCAGCACGGAGGCAACCUUGCUGUUUGAACCACUGUCUCCGCGGGCACUGCAGACUGGAUCCUCUGGGACACCGACUGGCCUGUUGUACCAUCAUUGGCAACAAAUGAAGGAAGAUCUCCAUGGCGGGCUUUGUCCUUAACCUCACUUGCCCCAUGUGUGUUUAAGUGGGGCUCUGCGGUGUGCUGGGAGUGGGAGAUAAAGCACUGAGUGUGACCCCCAAGUUCUUAAUCUAGUUAAUGUUUGAACUGUUGGCUUGUUUCUGGUGAAUCAGCCAAUAAACCCCCACCUUUGGAAA